AUGGCACGGGUUCCACACUAUUCAACGGUUCCUUCACAAGAAUCAGCCGGCACCGACUCGGUCCCGCACACAGUGAGCGAUUUAUCAAAGCCUAUCCAUGUGAAAUUGCCGAAGCGAAAUCCUUUUAUGAAGUCCAUGUUCUUGGGAAACGUCGACACUGACCUAUUGUCGUUUCCUGAAUCCCUGAACCGAGAGGAGCAAAGCCGGCUGGAGAAACACAAAGAGCAGGUUGAAAUGGAACUCAAGAAAGAUGAUUCACUAUCGUCAGCCCGCAUGGGAUUGUUCGGAUUACAAGGACCUCUUGAGCACGCCGGCAAGCAGUUCACGGAGACGGAGUUUGCCUACGUGAAUGAGCUCGUAUCGGAGAAUCACGCGCAGGCCAUGGUCAUGCUGGAGCAUAACGCGAUAGUGAAGCUGAUAUCGCAACACGCAUCCGACGAGGCUAAAGAGUGUUAUUUGUCGAGGCUUUGUGCCGGCGACAUCGUUUCCGCUACUGCACUGUACGAAAUACAAAGCCCAAAGCAUACGAUGUUCAGCACCGUCGCCGACUUGGAUGUUACGACCGGCAAAUGGACUUUAAACGGCUCAAAAGUACUCAUCCGUAACGAUGAGUCUAAUCCCGGGUUGUUGUUGGUGGUAGCCUCUACAAAAACCAUCGACAAGCUGAACAAGCAAGAACCUACCAUGGCGGCCUUCCUUGUCGACGCUAACGCACCGGGAGUCAAGAUUACACAAUCUGAGCUCGGCUCCAAUGGUCUCGCACGUGUCACGGUUAGCUUUAACCAGGUCGAGGUGUCGGAAGCAAACGUCGUCGGCACGGAACACGAUGGAGGAGUCGUACUAUCUAAAUUCCUUACCGCCUCUCGUAUACAGUCCAGCGUUGUGCGUGUAUGCCUACUGAAGAAAAUACUGAACUCGUUGAUCGAGUUUAGCAUCCAUACGAAAACAUCCACCGGCGAAGUGAUGGACAUUGAAAUCGUACGCGACCAACUUGCGCGUAUGGCAAGCUUGAUCUAUGCGGCCGAAAGUCUAAUAUACAUGACAUCCAGCUUGGUUGAUGAUUUUGAAGAUCAGGACGUUGAGCUGGAGGCGGCUAUCACGAAGGUGUUCUCAACUGGUAAUCUGCUCAGCUUAGCAGCGCUUCCACUGCAACUGCUGGGACCCCAGGCACUAAGCGAAAAAAGCAAUUUCGAGGCACUGUACAACGACGCCUUGAAGCUCUUCAUCGGGGACGAGUCAGUCGAUUCGGUGAACUUCUUCAUUGCCCUCACCGGUUUGCAGUACGCUGGUAUGCACAGCUACGAGAUGAUCAAAAAGGAUCGAAACCCCGCCAUGAACCCAUCCCACGUGCUGUCGAAGCUGUUCGAGAAGACGUCGAUCGCGAACCCAAAGAAGUUCGUCAAUCUGCAGCAAUACUUCCACCCAUCACUAGAACCAGCGGCUCACUGGAUCGAGCAGUCGAUCGUGCGAUUGAAGCUGGCUGCCGAGUGUGUCCUGUCACGGCACAGCGCUCAAGUGGUCGAACGGCACGUCGAGCUGGCCAGAUUGGCCAACAUCGCGACCAUGAUUUACGCCAUGACGGCGGGUGCAUCGCGAGCCUCGCGCUCGUAUUGCAUCGGGCUGCGACAUGCUGCCCACGAGGUGCAUUUAGCGAACAUGUACUGCCGGGAGGCUAGUGAGAAAGUGCGACUGUUGGCGAUCGAACUCGAACAGGGCCCGUAUAUCACGAACGACGACGACUAUAAUGCCAUUGCGCGGAGUUUAUUCCGUGAGAAACGGUACUUUUUCGAACAUCCCAUCACGAGAAACUUUUAGUGCGAAAGUUGUGACAUGCAAAUUGUAAAUUUCAGCUAGUAAAUUGUG